AUGGUCGCUGCACCUACGAAGGCACAGCCGGCUUCGAUACAGAAAGGAGGGCGAACAGAGAGCACGACACCUCCAUCAACCGUCUCACCAGAAACCACUCCUGAUAAACCCAGAGAUCGAUCGCCCACAAGACUAAAGCGGACUCACAACAAGGUUAGGACCGGCUGUCUUACCUGCAGGUACGCCGUGCGCAUCAUGCUCGCCACUCUUUCACCACGCGAUGAAGGUCAUCCACGAUGCCAACGUUGCGCCAAAGCCGGGCGUUUCUGCGAGGGGUAUACUCAGCCCAAGCCGUCGUCGGCUUUCGACCCCCGGCCGAAUGCAGUUCCAGUCAGCCAUGAAGUCACUUCAAACUUCCACAGAGCAACUACGAUCCAUUUCUUCGAAGAUUCGGAUUUCAACCGGCCCACCCAAUACUUCCUCGAGUGUACCGCGCCCAGAAUCGCCUCUUAUUUUGCCGAAAUGAUGGACUCUAUCAUCGACGAUAAAAGCAUGGUGAACCAGAUCAAUAUGCAAGCCUGGACGUUUUGGAACAGACUGGUUAUCCAGGCGAGUGAGACGAAUGCGUGCAUCCGUCACAGUUUAGCAGCCAUCAGCAGCCUUCACGAAUGGCUCGAGUUUACUAAACGGACGCCAUGGCAAAACCAGUCUUUCACGCUCCACUACACCAAAGCCAUCGCUGAGAUCAAUCAGGAUCACGGCAAGCUCCCGCUCGAAAUCAUUCUUGUGGCCUGCGUUCUGUUUGCCCACUGUGACUUUCUCAUGGGUGCUUCCGCUGCCGGCUUGACACAUCUUAAAUCCGGCCAGAAAAUCAUCUUGGAGAGCAAGACGAAGCAGGCACACCUGUCGCCAGAAGUCCGUCAGCUGAUAGAACCAGUCAUUGAGGGUUUCAUACUCAAGAGUGCCAAUUACCGGCUGACCGAGACUUCCAGCGUUGAGAAGGGGACGAACGCAGGAACAACGUAUUCGUUGCCCGAGAUGCCCAAGGUGUUUCGAGACCUGGACCAGUCAAACAAGUUCCUCCAGCAGGCACUAUACUGGGUCCUCCUCCUCGAGCUCGGGCAGCCCAACCACUUGUCGUCGAUGGCUCCUGGCGUGCGCAAAUACGUCGCUGACUGGGCAACAUCGUUCGGGCAGUGGAAAGUGACGUACGAACUAGAUGAUCCCGUGCUGAAAGACUGGCAGCUAUUGCUGCUGGCUCAUCACCGGAUGGCUCUGCUGAUAUUGAAGAGCCUCCCACCCGAAAACGACAAGAUCUACAGUCGCGCCGCGGCCGACUUUCGAAUCAUGUUUGUACAGAUUCGGACAUUCUUGCGGGGAGGAUACACCGAGUUGCUUCACGAAGAGCACAAUGACGAUCUUGUUCUGAAGGUGCACCUGGGAUUCAUCGCGCCGCUUUUCUUCCUCGCUACCGAGUGUCGAGCGCGCGAUCUUCGCCACAGCGCCCUGGACGCCCUGAGGGACCUAAAGGUGGUCGAAGGCCACUGGAACAGCUGUGUCGCGUACGCGAUCGCCAAAACAGCGACCGAACUCGACGAAAAGGCAUCCCAAGGAAACCCCGGAAAGACCGUGCGUAUCAAGCUCGACAGUGUCGAUCGCUGGAAAGACGGAACGAUGACGCUGAAGUACUACAAGGUCGGCCUGGGGAAUGUGGUGACGGGAGAAGCUGAACUCGAGGCCAUCACGGAACCCGCGUGUCACGACGAGGUCAAUAUGCAGUGGGUAAGUGCGGAUUACUUGUGUUGA